GGACCUACUGGUAUGGCAUCUAGAUGAGACGAAGACCAUAACAAUUAACAACCAAACGAGUCUGCAUCAAGAGUGGUAGGCCUUUUUCUAAGUUGAAGAACAUGGUCAGUUACUGCUACCUGUACGCUCCCGCCAAAAUCUCCUCACCUCCAUUCAAAUCCUCCAGCAGCUCCCGCCGAAAGAUCUCUUCUUCCCAAUCUGUUGUGAAGCUGAAGCAUCCACGGCUCGAACUGGUUAAGAAUCGUUUGAUACGCCUUGCCGAUGCUGGGAACCUCGAUUAUGCUCUCUCGACUCUUGAUCUCAUGACCCAACAGAGAAUUCCUGCUGAUUUAGUUACCUACUCUGUUCUCCUCAAAUCUUGUAUUCGUUCUCGAGACUUAAAUCGUGGGAAGAUCAUCCACGCUCGACUCAUCGAAUCUGGGCUCGAACUCGAUACCAUCGUUCUGAAUUCUCUUAUAAGUUUGUACUCCAAAUGUGGGGAUUGGGGAACUGCGAAAGCUAUCUUCGACGGGAUGGGAAGUGGUGGUAGGGAUUUGAUUUCGUGGAGUGCAAUGAUCUCCUGUUUCUCUCACAACAACCAAGAGCUCCAAGCCAUAGCCACAUUCUACGAGAUGCUGAAAUCGGGACAUUACCCCAAUCAGUUUUGCUUCGCUGGUGUGAUACAAGCGUGCUCUAAUGCUGAGAACGUUCGCACGGGUCUAGUGAUUUUUGGGUUCGUGACUAAAACGGGCUACUUGGAAUCGGAUUUAUGCGUUGGCUGUGCUCUAAUUGACAUGUUUGCGAAGGGCAGUGGGGACAUGGUUUCUGCACGGAAAGUGUUUGAUCGCAUGCCUGAAAGGAACGUGGUCACAUGGACAUUGAUGAUUACCAGAUAUGCACAUAGUGGGUGCACAGUGGAUGCCGUUGGCUUGUUUCUGGAUAUGGAAUUGAGCGGGUUCGUGCCUGAUCGGUUCACACUCACCAGUGUUACCUCUGCUUGUGCUGAAUUAGGAUCAUUUCAACUCGGACAGCAACUGCAUUCACGAGCCAUCAAGUCUGGAUUGGCUUUUGAUGUUUGUGUUGGGUGUAGUCUGGUUGACAUGUACGCCAAGUGUGUAUCUGAUGGAUCGAUGGAUUGUUCAAGGAAGAUCUUUGAUCGGAUGCCUGACCAUAACGUUAUGUCCUGGACGGCAAUCAUCACAGGGUAUAUGCAGUUGGGAGGGUUUGACGAGGAAGCAAUUGGGCUCUUCUGUGAGAUGAUACAGGAAGGAGUUCCACCCAACCAUUUCACAUUUUCUAGUGUCCUCAAGGCAUGUGGGAAUCUCUCUGAUCCAUUUAUUGGAGAGCAGGUCUAUGCGCAUGCAGUUAAAUUAGGUCUGGCAUCAGUUAACUGUGUGGGCAAUGCUGUCAUUAGCAUGUAUGCUCGAUCAGGUAGGAUGGAAGAGGCCCGUAAAGCUUUUGAUAUCCUGUUUGAGAAGAACAUGGUUUCCUACAACACAAUUCUUGAUGGAUAUGCCAAGAACAUGAAUUCCAAAGAAGCCUUUGAACUCUUCCAUCAAUCUGAGAUAAUGGAAAUUGGGGUCAGUGCUUUCACAUUUGCUAGUCUUCUGAGUGGAGCUGCAAGUAUUGGUUCAAUUAAUAAGGGUGAACAACUCCAUGCUCGAUUGCUGAAAGCUGGAUUUGAGUCGAAUCAGUGCAUUGGUAACGCAUUGAUCUCCAUGUAUUCUCGUUGUGGGAACAUAGAGGCUGCAUCCAAAGUCUUUAAUGAAAUGGAUGAUCAGAACGUGAUCUCAUGGAGUUCAAUGAUAACGGGUUUUGCUAAACAUGGAUAUGCAAGGGAAGCUCUAAAAACAUUCCACGAAAUGGUUGAGACUGGUACAAAGCCAAAUGAGAUCACCUUCAUUGCAGUCCUCUCUGCUUGCAGCCAUGUUGGUAUGAUUCCCGAGGGAUGGAAGUACUUCACAUCCAUGCAUACAGAGCAUGGCAUUAUCCCAAGAAUGGAGCAUUAUGCUUGCAUGGUUGAUCUAUUAGGCCGGUCAGGCUUCUUUAGAGAAGCCUUGGAGUUUAUCUACUCAAUGCCUUUCAAGGCUGAUGCUCUGGUAUGGCGCACUCUGCUUGGAGCUUGCCAAGUUCAUGGCAAUAUGGAUAUUGGGAAACAAGCAGCACAGCAUAUUCUAGAACUGGAACCUCAAGAUCCAGCAGCAUACAUCUUACUUUCAAAUUUGUAUGCAUCAAUUGGUCAAUGGGACAAUGUGGUGGAAAUCAGGAAAAGCAUGAAAGAGAGGAAAAUGAUCAAGGAAGCAGGUUGUAGCUGGAUAGAGAUAGGGAACACGGUGCAUAAGUUCCAUGUUGGUGACACUUCACACUCCCGAGCAAGGGAGAUCUACGCAGAAUUAGAUUGCGUUGCCUCCAAAAUAAAGAGCAUGGGUUAUAUACCAGAUACUGAUUUCGUUCUCCAUGACGUGAAAGAGGAACAGAAGGAACAGUAUCUUUUUCAACACAGUGAGAAGAUAGCUGUCGCUUUUGGUCUCAUAAGCACGUCCAAAUCAAGACCCAUCCGGAUAUUCAAGAACCUACGUGUCUGCGGGGACUGUCAUACUGCAAUGAAAUUCAUUUCAGAAGCCACAGGGCGUGAAAUAGUGGUGAGGGACUCAAACCGCUUCCAUCAUAUCAAGGAUGGUUUCUGCUCCUGCAACGAUUACUGGUGAUACCUGUUGGGACUUUAACCUGAUGUUGAAGUUUGAAGAUGAUUGCUAAGACUUUCGUCUCUUGCUUAGUGAUACCUCACCUCAAGUUCCAACCAGAUCAACAGCUUGAGAACUUUAAACAAGGUCUGCCAGUGGAAAUCAUUAAGAACUCCAGGGAAAUUUCAUGGGAAAUCUCAUUCAAGGCUAAUCUUGCAGGCCUGGAUACAAAACUUGGCAAAUGAUGCAAAACAGCAUAUUUCCAUCAAUGACUUCCAAAUCGCUGCAUGUAGUGACCAAUAAAUGCGAAGUCCUUUUGGUUGAGACUAGAUGAUUAUAUAAAGAUAUCAUUCUUGGUAUGAAAAAUACCUAUUAAACCGAUCACAGGAAUACCAGUUACAGUAUGUAUCAGCCUGAGAGGAAUCCUUCUAAUAGUAUCUGGAAAAACAGUCAUGGAUAAUUAUGAGAUGAGAGCCUUCCGAGCUUCAUCAGUAAAUCCAUAUUAUUUUUCCUCCACCCUCUACCAUGUACAUAUCAGCUGCAUUGUACUGUUGUAGCUUGAGACAGUCAACUUGUUUGUGUUUGUCCAUCAGUAUUAGAAUGUUGUUCAUAUAUUAGAUUUGGAUCAACAUGUAUAGAAAAUUCUGGAGAUCUGGACACCGGAUUUGCGAUUGAUCUCUUAUUCGUGGUCUCAGCCUUUUCAUCAUUAACAAAUUUUCUUGUUUUUCUUAA